UAGCAGAUUUGAUGCAUCAUCUGUCAACUUGAGAUAUUUGGAUACGGCAAGCUCGAUGAGGGCUGUCGAUGCUCGAACUUCUCUAUACAUGUUUAUAACCUAGACGUUUGUUACUACGAAAUUCGAAGCCACACAGGUCUUUGCUUCAAAAUGGUAGCUGACUCGCCAUUUGGCUGCCUCUCUCGGCGGAGGGUCCAGCUCAUCCUCUCCAUCUCCGUCUUUCUUUUGCUCCUCUCCUAUCCCUUCCGUUCAUCUAUCGUACCCUCGGUGGUGCCAGCUAACUCGCCCCCAAUCGCCCGUGAACUGCCUGCUCGCACUCUAUUAUCGCGUCCACUAUCCCACGAUGGAACCACGAUUCCUAAGAUCAUCCAUCAGACAUGGUUUCCAGCGGGCAGCAACAUGAGCGAGCGUGCUCAAGAAUGGGUACAUGGCAUGCGUACGCAGAACUCGGACUGGGAAUAUGUGCUUUGGGAUGACGAAACCAAUCGAAUGCUGGUUGAACAGUAUUUCCCUUGGUUCUUGCAGACUUAUGACAGUCUUCCGAAAGAAAUCCUCCGGGCGGACGUUGUCCGUAAUUUUUAUAUGUAUUUGUUUGGCGGGAUGUACGCCGACGUGGAUACCGAAGCCUUGCGCCCUGUCGCGCCGCUGUUUGCCGGGCAUGAAACCGCUCUUGCUGCACACCAAGACACCCUCUCGUCUGCCCCGACGUUUCAAAAAGCCACCGUGCAGCGCGCAUUCCUAGGUCGCAUGGCUCGCACUGUAGAUAUUCUGAGCUCCGCUGCGGUGCCCAACGGCUGGAUGGCAUCGCCGCCAGGUCACCCGUUUUGGCUUCUUCCGGUUCUCAACGUGAUCGAACACCCGGAGGGAACCGGGGAUGGAUCUGUCGAGGCAUGCAUGCAAGACGAUUCAACGGCGGCAGCAUCCUGGCAGUUGUUUUGCGACGAGAGUGAGCUUGCCAUGGGCGCGCACAUCCAAGACGCGCUGGUGCUCCUGCCGGAGAAGCAGAUCUACCCCUUCAGCUGGGUGGAUGAUGCGAACAAUGCCUCCGUUUGCCAGGCGGCGUGGGAGAACCCGACGUUCGAUCCGGAGGAGUGCAAACGAUUGAUGGAGGUGGAAGCUUGGCCUAGUUACUUUAUUACGUAUUGUACCCAUUCGUGGUGA